AUGAGUCUGGACCAGAACCUCUUCACGCUCAAUGUCGUGCCGAACAAGGAUAAUGCGCUCGUUGUAGACUUGGUGGAUCCGCAAGGGACGGUACAUUAUAGGAAACAGAGGGAACCGGGCUCGGUAUAUACCAUACAUGUAUUCGAGCCACAGAGCGAAGCACUGUUGGCGACUGCGACAUCACCCGCAGCUUCGAGCAGGCACAAGACGCUAGAGCUUCACAAUCCGAACUCAAUAGUAGAGCUCAAGUCUAUCGGAACGUUAACGUUCAAAUGGGGAUUUAAGUGGGAAGAACAUGAAUUCGAAUGGAAACGCCAGGAAUGCUUCAUUAUCCGCAAACCCGACCCUCCCGUCCUCGUCGCCGUAACCAAAGAACCGCCCGGGAAACUGAAGACGACCGCCAUCCAGAUCCUGGACUACAAUAUCAACCGAUUCGACAUCGAAGACCGCAAGGGGCUCGAGAUCGUCAUCCUCACUUCGCUCCUCACGUUCCAUGACUUAAACGACGCCUAUCAUGCCACGCCCACGGAAGUUUCGCCUCAGUCUUCUUCUUCUGCUGUGCCGACUGUUGCUGGGGCUGGGAGUGGAGAUGGACCUCCCCCACCUUAUCGAAGUUUCACGGCCGACUCGAAUACUGGUGAUGCCCAAGUGCUGAGUAACAUCGGGGGCGGUCAGGCACCGCCACUACCGCUCAAACCACCCAUUCCAGAGACGACCGGGAUCGAUAAGGUGGCCGAGGCGCAUGCGAUGAGAGGAGAUGUGAACGAGAUCACGAUAGAGGAGGACGGGAGCGUGGAGGAUUACGCGCAGUACGCUCUUGGGCUGCUUGAGGACGAUGCGAUGCUCUUCAUUACGAUCCAGUCGUUCGAUGCGAAGACGGUGCCGAAGGUGUUGCAGGUUGUGGAGGAGACGAAGAGAAUUAGACAUAAACGGAGCAUGGCAACAAACAAACCCGACACAGAGCUCCACCAAUACGUGAUCUACGACUCUCCGAACGCGAAACGCAGGCGGAUCGUCCUCGACGAUUAUGCACCACCGCAGAGCCUGAGCGUACAUUUGAGUAAAAUCGACAUGCCGGAGCUAAGGCCGAAGCCGUCGCCUUCUGUGGCGCAUCAUGGGAAGGCAGGGAGCGGAAGUGGGAGCCCAACAGGGAAGGGUGGAGAUAAGGACAAGGAUAAAAAGGGGAAAGGAAAGGAAAAGGAAGAUAAGAAAGGGAAGGGGAAGGAUAAGGAUAAAAGUCGAGGUAAAAACUUGAGCGACACCGAUCUUUCCCGUUUUCGUAGCUGA